UGUCCUGGAAUUCCAGUCUUACACGUGUGUAACACUCAUUUUCCCCGGUACUUUACCCUUGCUUGGAUAAAAGCUGUCUUCAGUUACACUACUUUCUCUCCGAACUCCAUUUGUCAUGACAUACACUGGCUUGAGAACGCACUAGGCAUUUCAGGAGAACCUCUGCGCGGGAAGCACACCGAAGCGCCACCUGGGCCUGCAGGACUCACUCCCACCCUUGGAAUGGUUCUCCGUCGGAGCGCUGCACAGACCGCCGCUUUGCAUGUGCAACCCCGAUCUUACACACCGCAAACGAGCUGCAGCCUAGGUAGCCCGCACCCCAAAACGCCAGAGGCCAGGGCCCCCGCGGACGCUGUUUUCUUCCGCGGGCAGAAGUUCUGUUCCGGCUCCUUCCGCUCCGGACAGGCGGUCGUGCUCGCCCGGAACCCGGACGCCUCCGGCUCCCCGCCACCGCCACACCUGCGGAGCGUCGGCGCCCGUCCGCACCCGAUGCCUUUCCGCUCCCGGCACCCUCUGCCGGGCAGCCGGCC